AUGGGCUUGGAGAAUUACAACAUCACCCAUGCUCGUCGGAACGCUAUGAAGAUCAUCCCAGUCCAGGCCCGCACCGAUAACUGGAUGUACCUCGUCAUUGACGAGCCAUCGCAGACCGCCGCCGUUGUUGAUCCGUUUGACGCGCCCAAACUCACUGCUGUUGCCACGGAGCAUGGGGCCAAGGUCACGACGCUGAUUACGACGCACCACCACGCCGACCAUUCGGGGGGUAAUGACAAGUUUCUCGCCCUCAACCCGGGCCUAACGGCUUAUGCUGGUUCGGACAAGUCGCCUGGAACGAACAAGAUUGUGGGCGACGGCGACAAGUUCAAGAUUGGCGACAAUAUCAAUGUGACAUGCCACUCCACGCCGUGCCACACCCAGGACUCCAUCGCCUUCUUCCUCGAAGACAAUAGGACUGGGCAGCGGGGUGUCUUCACUGGUGACACCCUCUUCCUUGCAGGAUGCGGACGCUUCUUUGAGGGCAACGCUGCCGAGAUGCACGCCGCUCUGACCAAGCUCGGCCGCUUGCCUGACAACACGCUCGUGUACAACGGUCACGAGUACACUCUUGGCUCGGCCAAGUUUGGCCUCAUGAUCGAGCCGGACAACGCCAAGCUCAAGCAGCUGUACGAGACGGCGCAGAAAGACAAGUGUACCACAGGCAAGUCGACAAUCGGCGACGAGAAGCAGUGGAACGUCUUUAUGCGUCUUGACCAGCCCGAGGAGAUCAAGGCGACUGGUGAGAGGGACCCACUCAAGGUCAUGCAGCGGCUACGUGAGAUGAAGAACGCCAUGUAG